AGACAAUAUGAGCUUUAAACAGCCACAUCACCUUCAAAAGUUAGAUGCAAAGAUAAGCGGGAGCGUAGUUUAAAAGGAGUGGCAUACUCUGAGUGAGACACUCCUCGCUGCAGUCGUCCAGCUCACCCUCACAGCCAACAUGACCUUCGACGGCAACUGGAAAAUUGAUCGCAAUGAUAACUAUGAGAAAUUCAUGCAAGAAAUGGGAAUAAACGUGGUGAAGAGGAAGCUGGCUGCUCAUGACAACCUCAAGGUAAACAUCGCACAGGCUGGAGACACAUUUCAUGUCGAAGAGAGCAGCAAAUUCCGCAAUCUGAAAAUAGACUUCACCCUGGGUGUUACCUUUGAGUACAGCCUUGCAGAUGGAACAGAACUAUCAGGCUCUUGGACCAUGGAGGGAGACGUGUUGAAGGGGAUCUUCAAUAGGAAGGACAACGGAAAGACACUGACAACAACCAGAAUUGUCCAAGGAGAUGAACUUAUCCAGAGCUACAACUAUGAAGGUGUGGAUGCAAAGAGGAUUUUCAAGAGAGCUUAGACCAAAAUGAUGAGCAAAACCUUAAAGAGAAAUGUUUGACUUGAAGAUUACAUACAGUAUUGUGUUGAAUUAUCGACAAUGUAUACCAACAUAACCUGUAAAAAGUGGGCUAGCCUACACCCAUAGAAUAUAUGAAACAGAUUUCAAUUACUCUCGAUUUUGAUAGCUUCAGUAAUAAAACCACACUGUCACUGAC